AUGUUGUUCCAGUCGACCAUCGUUGCUUCUCUCAUCGUCUCUGCUGCCGCUCUUCGCCCUAACAAUGGAAUCCCUGCUGAUUCCAAAGCGGGCAUGAAGCUCCUGUCGGAAGCACGUCAACUGAACCAAGAAGAACAAGACGAUGACAUGUCCUGGAUUGCAGGAUACUCCAUCAAGUACAUUGGAUGUUCUUCCCUUCUUCAAAUUCGUGAAGAUGGUGGAGAAGAAGGAUCUAACUUGUACACUAUGAACUUGGCCAAGUUCGCCCUUUGCGACAGUGGAAAUUCGUGUUCCUCUUGUGGAAGUGGUGCCGCCUCAUAUGUGGUCAAUAUGGAAACCUUUGUCGAUGCCUACACUGAAAUGGCCUUGAAUGCUCAAGAAACUGCCUGCGAAAACAUUCGCGAGAACUGCGAUUGCGAAAACGCCAACGACGACGAUGCUUGCGAAAACCAAUGUUACACCAACAUGGGAAUGGAUUCGUGCAUCGAAUACGAGGGAGGAGAAGAGUUUGAGAUUCAAGAGUACUUGGAGUGCCGAGAAAUCGAAAACGAAAAUGGCAACAACAACAACAACAACAACAAUGGAUACUAUCAACAGUACUAUGUUGGACCCACCUGCUCCAACGGAUUCGAUAUCAACCUUGCUGUUUUUACCGAUGAGGGUUGCUCCACAAAGGCCACUGGAUCUGGAAUCUACGAGAGCAUGAACUACUAUGGAAACUCCCUUCCCUACGAAAAGGAAUCCAUUGUCUCCAGCGACUGCAUCUCUUGCAUUGACACCCAAAACGACAAUGGGGACGACAACCAGAAUAACAACAACAACAACAACAAUGGACAACAAGAGUAUGAUAUCCUCGAGCUGUGCGAGAAUACUUACGAAGACGCUGCCAAGUGCGAAAAGAGCCUCAGCGGAAAGUACUACAAUGACGAUUCUGGAUGCAACUACAUCAACAAUGUUCUUCCUACCCUUGAAAAGGCCACUAACUCCAUCACCAAGUCUUCUGGAUCGCGUUCGGCCCGUACAGGAGAUGGAUCCGCUGCGACUGGGUGGGCGAUCUUUUUUUUCCUGACUGCCGUGGUCAUGUCGGCCUAUGCCUUUUUCCUAUACCGCAAGAUCCAUCGCGCCAAGGUCAAUCUUUCUUCUUCGGAAGGUCAAUUGGCAUAA